AUGGCGCUUAAACCUUUGCCACAUCCAAAGAUAGUGAAGAAGCACCCCAAGAAGUGGCAUAGACACCAGAGUGAUCGUUAUGUUCGUCUUGGUACUAAGUGGCGCAAGCCGAAGGGUAUCGACAACAGGGUUCGUCGUCGGUUUAAGGGUCAGCUUCGCAUGCCGAAAAUCGGCUAUCGGACGGCCAAACGUGUUAGGCACAUUCAUCCAGAUGGGUUCAAGCAUGUUUUGAUCAACAACGUUAAAGAACUGGAGGUUUUGAUGAUGCAGCAUCGCACCCAUGCGGGUGUCAUUUCCAGGACGGUUUCAAGAAAAAAUCGUGUCAAGAUUGUUGAACGUGCAAAGGAACUAAAUAUUCGUGUAGUUAAUCCCAAUGCCAAGAUAAGGCUUACGGAGAACGAAUAA